AUGAAGGCAACGCUACGUCGCCGUGGCUCGGACUCGAGCGAGAGCAGCUUUACACGUGCGCGGGCUGGCUCUUCGGGUACACAUGAGUUUCGCAGAUCGAUGCGAGGCAGCAUGCGCCAACCACUGGCCACGUCUGAUGGCAUAUGCCCGUUGUCGCCUCCUACCGUCGGCACACGGCGCGACUCUAUCUCAUCGCUCCCAUCCGGGACCGGCUUUGGCGGAGGUCGGCUGCGCCAGUCCCUUCGGCGAGAGUCUGCAGAUCCACCUGCCAGAAGGCGCAUCCCUAAAUUUAAAAAAUCGACUUCGGGUAAAUCAAAGAAAGGAAAGAAUGACAGCCGGUUCGGCGACUCGAGUGACGAAGACGAGGGGCCCCUGCGUAUGAACUUGUUCAAGAGUCGUUUCGCCGACUCUAGCUCCGAGGAUGGCGAAUCGCACACCAAGUCAAAGGGCAAGAAUAUACCCAUAUCACUACGCGCGAAGCCAAAUGCUCGUGCUGCCUCAAGUGCUCUUGAUUUGCCAUUCGAUCACGACGGGCGUGAGUCCCCCAUACUUGAUGCCGCCAUUCUGAUGCAGCCCAAACGAACACAAGCUGCUACUGGCCAGCCUGGCUCUGGCCGGGGUGCUCUAGUGCCCUUACCGCAGACUGAUGACAGUGACAAGUCGUUCCGUCCCCAGCAUACCAGGCGAGGUAGCUUUAUCUCGCUACUGAGGCGUAAGAAGGAUUCUUCGAGCAAGAUAAAUCGCGACCUGUCGGAGAGUGCUGCUCGCCAAGACACGAAGCUUGAACGCAGCCCGGAAGAGCUGGAGGCGCUCCGCAGCGCGUCACUGCACAAGCGCGGCCCGAGCUGGCCACUCCCCGAGCCGGAGGCGACUGGUGCGGGGAGCGUCCAGCAAUCCCCGGAGCGUCCAUCUACGGCUGGAGGGGCUAUUGUCAGCACCAGCUCCAACAGGUCCAAAUUUAUGCGACGACGCAGCGCAUCGCACGGCAUGGUCCCGGCAGACACGGUGGACAUGGACGACGACUUGGUUACAGAUGCCGUGCCGCAGAAGAAGAAGAAGUUUGGCGCUCUGCGCAAGAUGUUUAGACUGCACGACUAG